AUGCAGAAGGUAACUCGGUGCUCAAGAUGGACGGGCUUAGUGAAGUUAUACUGCCAAGGAUACUCUGCUCCGCGGGUUGGAGCUCGUCUCUUCUCUUCAACCGCGUCAAUUUGGACGUCCAACGGAGCUCCAAUACUGAACCUUGAAAUCCGUCUGAGGGACUAUCAGGAAGAAUGUAUACAAUCUGUCCUCUCUCAUUUGGACGUAGGUCACAAGAGAUUAGGGGUAUCUCUUGCUACAGGAAGUGGAAAGACUGUGAUUUUUACUCAGCUGAUUGGCCGGGUAAACCCUCCUAAUCCUAACAAAACCCAGUCCCUUAUCCUGGUUCAUCGGAAGGAGCUCGUUGAGCAAGCUGCAAAGCAUUGCACGCGUGCUUACCCCAACAAGACUAUAGAAAUCGAAAUGGCAAACAGCCACGCCACCGGGACGGCGGAUAUAACCAUUGCGUCCAUACGCAGCCUCCUUUCAAAGGGCCGAAUUGAGAAAUACAACCCAGAAAGAUUCAAGCUUGUGUUGGUUGAUGAGGCCCACCAUAUUGUUGCGCCUAGCUACCGUGAAGCUCUUGCCCAUUUCAACUUGAGUGAGGCCAAAGCAGACUCGCCAGCGUUAGUUGGUGUGUCCGCGACGUUUUCGCGAUUUGAUGGUCUGAAAUUAGGCACAGCCAUUGAUUAUAUCGUAUACCAUAAAGAUUAUGUUGAUAUGAUUGGGGAGAACUGGCUCUCGGAUGCACUUUUCACAACGGUGAAAUCUCACGUGGAUCUCUCACGCGUUAGUGAUGGUCCAAACGGGGAUUUUCAAACUCAUCAACUUUCCCUUGCUGUCAAUACAGAAACCGCGAAUGAGAUCACUGUUUCUUCAUGGCGCUCGAAAGCUGGUGAACGAAAAUCUACCCUCGUUUUUUGUGUUGAUAUCGCGCAUGUACGAGACCUAACUGCCAAGUUUCGAGAAUUUGGAGUUGAUGCCAGGUAUAUUACAGGCCAGACUCCGAAGGAUGUUCGAGCCAAAGAACUGGAAGCUUUUAGAAAUUACGAGUUUCCUGUUCUGGUUAACUGUGGACUCUUUACAGAAGGCACUGAUAUACCGAAUAUCGACUGUGUCUUACUUGCAAGACCCACAAGAUCGAAGAAUCUCCUGAUCCAAAUGAUAGGGAGAGGUCUUCGGCUGCAUCCAGAUAAAGCCAAUUGCCAUAUCAUUGAUAUGGUUGCGUCCUUGAAUUGUGGAGUACUAACCACGCCUACCCUUCUCGGAUUGCAUCCUGAUGAAGGUUUAAACGGAGUUUCGGCUAAAGAUGCCAAGGAGGAGAGAGAAAGCUCUGAAAACCCCAUAGCACAAGGGCAGGGAGCAAAAAAGAUUGAUUCGCCAGCAGAAGAGGAUAUUGUUGUUGGUUUCACUGACUACGAUUCUGUCCACGACCUAGUGCAGGAUGCCACUGGUGAAGACCGUAUCCGUGGCAUCAGCGAAAACGCAUGGGUUCAAGUUAGCCCGCAGCGCUAUAUUCUUAACGCCCCUGCUGGGAGAUUAACAAUCUCUAAAGAUGAUUCUGGACUGUUUUCAGUCCACCAUGUUAUCAGCUUGAGCCCAGCAGGCAAGUCGAAAAGUCCUUUCAGCCGCCCUCGCAAGGUGGUGUCCUCUGUUGAUUUUGUCCAGGCAGUUCACGCUGCAGAUACCCUUGCUUCCCGCAUAUUUGGAGGGCCACUUUACAUUGCUUCAUGGCAGCCAUGGAGAAAGAGGCGCGCAAGUCCUGGACAGAUAGGAUACCUGAGGAAACAGCUUGGGAAAGAAAUAUCCGAGAAAAUUACAAAGGGUGAAGCCGCUGACAUGAUCACCAAAAUCAAGCACGGUGCUAAAGGCCAGUUUAAAGACUUGCUAUUGUCGAAGCGACGCAGCAAACGUGAACUUGAAAAGGCUACAAAAUGGAAAGAAAUGGCUGCCAGUGAAGAAGUGAAGAUCGGGCCACUUGCCUGA